AAAUAUUAGAUACAGUGCCCUAGAAACAAUAUUUAUAAUUUCUUAUCAUUUUCCAUCUUAUUCGUUAUCUGUCCAUUUUACAUUCGUGACACACAUAUUUUAUAUAUAUUCAAUUCUUACAUAUUCUAAUAAGAGGCUAUCUUAAACAAUUUGAUAUAUUCUUUUGACAUCAACGUAAGUUUUUUAAAUUCAUUUGACUAGAACUGUCUAAUUAGUUUUUGGAUGUAACAAUUCAUCUACACUUUCUUAUUUUUUACAAAUUUCUGAGAUUCCAGAAAUCUGCGUUUUUUACCUCUUACAGAGGAUAAUAUUACAUUUAACACUUGACUAGUUAACACUACACAUUCUUUUGAAUUUCAAUCCACUGAAUUAAUUUAUACAUGUAUACGUUAAAUAUAAAAUUGUUUAAUAUUAUCAUUUUACAUUGAAUCAUAAAAUCUACUUUGUUACUAACUAAUGGAAAAAAUGAGACAAGAGAUGAUUCUUGUAAUAUUUAAAAUCUGAAUUUUUUAUUAGGUAAUAUAUUUCAACAAUGGAGAAAUUAUGCUUACUUUAUAUUUCUAGCAAUGAAUCCAAUGCGAUCGACAACUUUCCGGGGCGAUGAGGAGUCAAGAUUAACACGUAAUGAAGAUCACAAUACUUAUUCAGUUUUACGUUCAAGAACCGAAGAAGAGAAGCAGAGGCGUAGACGAGAAUGGCAACGCCAGCAAGAGCGAGAGAGACAACAUGAAAAAUUGAAGCAGCAAAAGAUUGAGGAGUAUGAAAGGAAACGCGCACAAGCUUUAAAAUAUGCUGAGGACAAAUCUUCGCGUCAUAGUCGAAGCAAAAGUAGUAGUGAGUCUCCCGCGCAUCAUCAAUACAGAGGUAGAUCUACAUCAACUGCUUCCAAAUCCGGUAGUCUGCAUGAAAAAUUAGAUGGGCCUACAAGUGGGACAGUACCUUUGUUCAGAGGUCCUCAGAAUGCACAGAUUAAUACUAUGGAACUCCGCCGAAUCAAAGUUGAUAUUCAUAGGAACAUUCCUGUAAAAGGACCUGUUACUGAAAGAUUAGAAAGAGAUAUACUUAAUCCUGAAGAUGUGAUUGUCAAAAGAAGAGAGGGUAAACUGUUACAUUUCUCUAAAACCUUUGUUUUAGAGAAAUAUGUUUCUCUAAAUUCUUAUUCUUUGCAGAAACUUAAUUAUUGUCUAGCACUGCAAUGAAUAAAGAAUGGUGUUACAGAUAAAGCAUUGGCAGUAGUCUGCAGUAAUAAUAAUAAUAUAUCUCUAUUGUAGCACUAAAGUUUUUGAUAUAUUGGCACUAAAUUGACACAUCGAUAAGUUUAUUCCUUUCACCACUAUGAAGAGUUUACUA